GUGAAAUUAUGAAGUGACUGAAUUCAUUAUUGUUUGUUGCAAACCACAACAAUCUGUAUCCAUGGAGAUAAAAACUAUUUAUUUGUUUUGUAACUAGUGCACUACUGAUAUAAAUUACUAGCUAAAAUACUAAAAUAGUUGUUAUCUAAUUAUUAUCUCUUUUGAUUUUAAACUUUUUAAAGACUUUCACAACUAACGCAUGCGCGCUUACAUACCAAACAUGCCACUCGCACUUUACUUUAACCGCACUUUUAUAUGUCAAACAUUUUUCAGUAAACAAGACCGCAGAAUCUUCUCCCGAUUAAAAAUAUAGUGUUUUUAACAAUUUAGAGACGUAAUGAUGAAUGGAAAUAAAGUGGACGUGGAUUUACUACGUCCAGGAACCGUUCCAAUAUCUCCGGACACUGUUCUAUGGUUUGAAUUUCUCUUGGACCAAUCAUUGCUUAUAAAUCAUCUACAAAAACCAAAUCCAGACCCUAGCCCAACUGAAUUAAUAACGAAAUUCAUAACUGCAAUCUAUGAGUCAAUGAAAAAUGAAGUCAGAAGAACAGACAUUGAACCUAUGGAAGUUCCUAAUGUGGAAUAUGAAGUUGAACCAAAAUUAUCACUCAAAGUGCUUGCCUUGAAAAUACUUUCUCUAAAAGUAGCUGCAGUGAUAAAAUGGAACCCAGUGUCAAUAAGAAGUACACCAUUCAAGAUACAAAGCAAUUUACUACUUGAUUUGCUGCUUUUUACCGGCAAUAAAGCACCAAAUGAAAUACCGAAUAUUCCGAAUGUUAAUGCAAACCCAUCUGGACAUUUUGUUGCACUGCAUGCAUAUCACAGAUGGUUAAACAUUCCGAUUGUUAACGCAAAUCCGACUGAAGUCUCUUCCAGUCCCAGCGAAUACUUAUUUGCGCUGGUUAUUUAUCAUAGAUGGUUGAUAGCUACUUGCAUGCAUAAAAUAUACAGUACUUCAAAUAAUAAUAGAAUGAAUGGAGACAUAAUACCAACUGAACUAUUCUGCACGAAUGAAAACAUCGAAAACUCGCUCAAAUUUCUUACUCAAUCACUUGAAUGGCAAACACCGCCGAAAAUGCUAACGCACACAUGUUUUAUCUUCCUUACUGAGAGUAGUACCGAGCCGCAAUUUAAAUGGGACGACGCCAUUCCUAUCAGUCGCGAGGAAUUUCGUGCGCAGAUACAUUAUGACAUCGGGACGUUUUGUUUCUUCAAGGAGAACUAUCAACUUGCAGGCAAUCACUUCCAAGCAUGCAGUAAAUAUUUAGCUGAUAUGCAGGACAGUGUUGAGUUUUGUACGGUUGACAAAGAUGCUUUGGAUAAUUAUUUGAUUGCUUGCCUUGGUAACUUUGAUAAAAAGAGUUUAUUUGAGGAGAUGAAUUAUUGUGAAGCCAAUAAUUAUGAUGGUAUAUUGAAUGUACUGAUUCAAGACAACAAACUCAGAGAAAUUCCGAUAUGUGAAAGGAUUAUUUUGGAGAUGAAUUUAGCUGGAGGUCUUUCAAGUGGUAAAUACACAGUUGGGAAUGAUCUCCUGGUGAAAAUUCAAGCAUUGAAUGCUGUGAGAUGUGUUGUCGGACGAUUUACGUCACAUACAUUUGAUUAUAAUUUACAAAAUUUGGAGUUUUUGAUAUGGGCUACAUCAGCAAUGUGGAAAUCAAUCAAUAAUGAAGACAAACAUUUGCUGUGCUCAUAUUUUAUGAAAGUUAUUGUGAAUUUGGAAUCUGAGGAGCUUUUAAAUCGACUUUUAAAGCAUGAGAUUUUAUCGGAUAUUUUCUCUGACAUCGAUGUUGACGCACUUCGUGAUUCUAUAAGUAAGAAAGAAGAGGUUCCGGAUUUGUUAAAGGACGCUUAUUGGGAUUUACAAGCACCUAACAAAAAUCCGAAGUUGGAAAUACGUCUGCUGGAACUGCAAAUUAUUUCCUGUUAUGAUUCGCAAGAAUUACGCGAUUUGUUAGUGAAAUUGACAAUUAAGAACCCAAAUCGCCCGAUAUGGAAAAUUAACCCAAAUUGGGAGCUUCCAAUUCCACUCCAGAGUGUUGUAACAAAUAUUCCACGAGGGUUUUUGCAAGACUUUAGUUAUGUACUACUCGCAAAAUCUCGUGAAUUAAUGCUUUCGAAAGAUUUUGGAUCUUCUAUUGAUUUUCUAAACAUUCUACAAAAAGAAGUAGAUGGAUCACAAGCCAAGUUGUCAAAAUUAAUCAGUUGGGAGAUUUUACUCGUGCAAAUUUCGCAAUAUUUUGAUGAAUGGCCAGCUCUUCAUAUUGAUCGACAAGAAUUAAUAUCAGCUUGUGAGAAUUGCUUGAGCAACACUGAAAUGAUUCCACGUACUGAAGUUAUGGCUGAAUGUGUACUUUGUUUAUUAAAUUUGCGACGCAAAGAAUUUUUGAUUUCGUUUAAUAAGCCAUGGACAUACAUUGAAAUUGCCUCAGCCAUCUCACUUGCCUGUCAGGAUAUUGCAAAGAUUGGUAAAACGGACAAGAAAAUCACAAACAAAGAUAUAUGGGAUUUAAUUGUGCCAAUUUUUGCAACAAGCUCCCAGUCUAAACGCAGCAGCUCAGGAGCGAAUAUAAUCCACCGAGAUUCACCCACAAGCAACAAUAAAGUACAACUAUUAUCGUUCCUCAACCGACUACGAGAACCCACCGCUUUAUCAGUUGUUAUUUCUGUGCUUGCUCGCCUCUACAAUUUGCUAAACGACGACACCAGCAUCUCAGUAAACGUAGAGUAUGUGACUUUAUGGCCAUCUACAAUAAGCAGUAUAAGUUCAUACAAUACCGUCGCCGUAACGGAAGCUUUAUCAGACUUGGUUCUGCAAGCACUGAGAUAUUACCCGACGAAAAUCGCCUGGUUGCACCUGAUGGGCGACCUGUGCUUCUCGAAUUCUAAUUACGAUAACAGCCUGCGUUAUUACCUGCAAUCUCUCAUAGUGCAAACGGAUUAUUUCAACCAUCCGGUGCGCAAUGACGACCACAUUUUCAAGCGCAUGAUCAAGUGCUGCACGCAUCUCGGCUGCCACACACAGGCGGCGGUGCUUUGUCAAUUCCUAGAGCAGCCGGACUUUACGCUCGCGUUUCGCAGCCUCGUCGAUUUCAAAUCCUGCAAUGAUUCGGUCGAAGCGUACUACCACUGCUUCUGGGACACGAAUAUUUUGGAGUAUUUAGUGCAUUUGCACCAUAAGCGCGGCGAAUAUCAACGCAAGAAGAAAGCCGUGCAUACGAUUGGCAUGUUAGAGUUGAAUUCCAAUAAUAAUAAUGAAAUUCAUCGUGAGGCGGUUAAUUUAAGAAAGCGGACAUUUUUACAAGCAUUGUGUCGACAAUAUGUUCGGUAAUUUUUAUGUAUUUUGAAUAUAUUUGAUGUAGUUUUAUAAGCAA